UUCACGGUAUAGCAACAGUGUUCCUCUCUAAGCAUGGAUACAAUUACUCCGUCCCUUCUGUUUGUGACGGCCAAUCUUCCAACUCCGGAGUCGGAGGCGCACAACUAUAUCUGCAAAAUGGAAGAUUAUUUGAAAGACAUACUCAAAACCCUUCGCCAUCGAGGUGCCAGCGUUGCUCUGCGCAGCUUUCAAGACCUUGGUCUCACGCCAGAAUACAUCGCUUCCACCUAUUCUCACAUCUUGUUUCUCGCCGUCGACGAUUACAUCCGUCACAUGCCGGCUUUCACCACCUUCCUUACUUCCACCCUCCCCGCUGCGCAGCACCUCUCCCCGACUCUCCGCGUUUAUAACCCUUCCGCUCUCGUUGCCUGGAAUUCCAACAAAACUUAUCUCGCCGAGCUUCAAGCCCUCUCCUCGUCCGGCUUCCACGUCCCGCGCACAACGUUUCUCCCUCUCUCUACAACCGACCUCUUCGGCCUUGCGAGCCACCUCGCCUCUGACCCCUACGUUGCUGCAGCCCCAGCCAUCCCCGUUGUUCUCAAGCCGUCCGUCGCCGCAUCUGGUUAUGCAACCCACCUUGUUCGAACUCCGCUAGCUCUUACUCCCGCUGACGCCGAUGCUCUUGCUGCAAUGCAUUCCUCUGCCGCACCGGACGCUGCACUCUUGGUGCAGGAGUACCUACCACGUAUCGCAGCGAGCGACGGCAGUGGGGGUGAGUGGAGCAUGAUUGUCGUCGAUGGGCGCCUUACUCACGCUGUUCGCAAGAGGCCGCGUGAUGACGAGUUUCGCAUCAAUUCGGCAUUCGGGGGUGUAUGGGAGCCUAUGGCGGCAGAUGACGAAAGAGUGCCCGAGUCUGGAAGGUUGGUGGCGGAAAAGCUUUGGGUGUGGUUGUUGGAGAAGGAAAAGUCAUUGAAAAAAGAAACAGGUUUUAAGGAGGAUGGACAUGAUGAACUGAUGUAUGCAAGGGUAGAUGGAGUCGUAAGUGAGAGUGGAGAAUUCGUAUUGAUGGAGGUGGAACUAAUUGAGCCGUGGCUGUGGAUGUUGGAUGAAGGGCCAGGGAAGAUUGGGUUGGAGGCUUUAUGCGAUGCUAUAAUGGGACAUGCGAAAUAGCCUGUAUUGCUAAUAUCUUCCAACGGUUUUGAUUGCAGCCGCUGAAAUGUCUAAGAGGGAGGUC